GGAUUCGGGGCUGCGUCUCCACUACGUCACCCGAGGUCCCACCACGGCCCCCUUGAUGUUGCUCCUCCACGGCUUCCCCCAGAACUGGUUCUGUUGGAGGCACCUUCUCCAGGUCUUUUCCACCCAUUACCGGGUGGUGGCCUUGGACCUUCGAGGCUACGGAGCUUCUGAGAAGCCGCCGGGGAAGUCCAACUACCGGCUGGAAGUUCUCCUGGAGGACAUCUCCCAGGUCAUCGAGGCUUUGGGGACAACCAGCGGGCGAGGGGAGGUGACCCAGGGCACCGGGGCCACCGAGGAGACCCCCAAGUGCGUCCUGGUGGGACACGACUGGGGCGGGGUCCUGGCCUGGGAGGUGGCCGCCCGGCACCCGACCAUGGUGGAGAAGUUGGUCAUCAUGGACGCUCCUCAACGGGCCAUCAUGGCAGAUUUCACCUCCUGCCACCCCUCCCAGCUCCUGCGCUCCAGCUACAUCUUCCUCUUCCAGUUGCCCUGGUUGCCCGAGCUCCUCCUCUCCUUGGCCGACUUUGAGUUGGUGAAGACCAUCCUGACGGGCCCUUGGACGGGGAUCCGCGACCCGGAGCAUCGCUUGUCGGAGGAGGAGGUGGAGGCCUAUCUCUACGGGUUGUCCCAACCUGGGGGGCUGACCCCCCCCAUCCACUACUACCGCAACCUCUUC